UAGGAACGUUAGAAACUCUUGUUCUUUACGCCGUUCUUGUUUUUCCUUCCACAUGUUUAAUACCAUACCAGAAAAAUUCCCAAACCUUUUUACAUAAACACAUUAGCUAGAAAUUUGAGAGAGCUAGGGAGAAACAUGAGACAUGUACAUAUAUUUUCUUACAUUUUGGUGGCGGUGGCACUUUGCCUGCUCUGCCCACGUGCGGCGGCGGGCUUUGCCUGCAACUGGGGAAGAGUGGCAACGAAUCCCCUUCCCGGAGACAUAGUUGUGCGUCUCAUGAAGGACAAUGGAUUCGAUAAGGUCAAGCUUUUUGAGGCUGAUCCUGAGGCCAUGAAGGCUCUUGCAAAAUCUAAUAUUCAGGUUAUGGUUGGAAUUCCCAAUGAUCUUUUGGGAACCUUUGAGAACAACACCAAAGCUGCUGAUGAUUGGGUGGCUCAAAACGUUUCAGCAUAUGUCAAAAUUGGAGUCGACAUAAGGUAUGUUGCUGUGAGCAAUGAAGCAUUCCUCAAGGACUUCAAGGACAGAUUCAUAUACAGCGUCCUUCCAGCCCUCAAAAACAUCAAAUCCUCCCUUGACAAAGCAGGACUAGGCAAAAAGGUGCAGGUCACAGUCCCUCUAAACGCAGACAUCUACGAAACCGACACUAACCUUCCAUCAGGAGGAGAUUUUCGUGCAAAUGUCACGGACCAAGUCGUCGCAAUCCUCAAGUUCCUCAACAACAACAACGCCCCCAUUGCCAUCAACAUCUACCCCUUCCUCAGCCUCUACUACGACUCCAAGUUCCCCAAAGACUUCGCCUUCUUCAACGGCUCCUCCACCGCGUUAGUUGACGGCGAUGUCACAUACACCAAUGCUUUUGAUGGAAACCUCGACACCCUUGCGACCGCACUGGAAAAACACGGAGUUGGAUCAAUGCCGAUCAUAGUUGGAGAAGUUGGGUGGCCGACAGACGGCGACUCAAAUGCCAACAAUGCCAACGCUCAGAGAUUCUACCAAGGCUUGAUUGAUCGCAUCAACAGCAAAAAAGGACCCCCUAAGAGGCCUAAUUCGAUGCCAGAAGUGUACAUGUUCGGAUUAAUCGAUGAGAAUUCCAAGAGUGUUCUACCAGGGAACUUUGAACCGCAUUGGGGGAUUUUCAACUAUGAUGGAAGCAUUAAGUACCAACUGGAUUUAGGUAAAGGGAAAAAGCUCGUCCCGGCGAAAGGGGUGAAGUACCUUGAGAAACGAUGGUGUGUGCUUGAUCCGAAAGCGAGCCCUGAAGACCCCAAGAUGAAGGAGAAUUGGAAGAUUGCGUGUGGGGCGUCAACAGGAUGCACUAGUGUGAGCAAUGGUUCAUCUUGUGAGAAGAUGGAUAAUAGGACCAAAGUUUCUUUUGCAUUCAAUUCGUUCUACCAAGUGACUAAUCAAAACAAAGAUGGGUGUGUGUUCAAUGGUCUUUCAAUUAUCACCAACAAAGACCCUUCACCCUCUAAUGGAACUUGCAAAUUUGAUAUUGCACUUGACGUGGGGCAACUUGCCUCAAGCCCUGCACCUUCACCAUCUGCAUCUGUACUUGCAGAUGCACCCACUGGUCCUUCUGGUGGGUCUAAAGUGUCUGACCCUGACUCCAACAAGUCCCUGGCUGUGGCAACAGAGCAACCAAACCCAAUUGUCAUGGUGGUAAUGGUGCUAAGUUUGUUGUUUGUUAUCCUAUGAUCUCAUCUUAGCUAGUGAGUUAUGGUUAAUGUAUAAUAACAAAAAUGAGUAUUGGACAUUCACUUUCAGCGAUACACAAUUCACACUUGCAAUUUGUGGAGCUUUUGACAGGUUUUUUACCGUCAUAAAUUGCAAAGUUAAAAGAAAUGAUACACAAAGAUGAUUCUCGCUACAAAUUGCAAAUGGCAAUUAUGUGUUGCGGAGAGUAUUGUCUAUCUGGCGUGACUCAUUUGUAUCCUGCAUUGUAGGGCUAGGAUAAACCAAUAUUAAUGUUGUAAGAGUCCAGUUAAUUAAUAUAGUCUGGACUUCUAUAUCUUUGAUAUUAGUAGGGAUUUAAUGUAUAUAUACAGUACGCGAUCUGUAUAAAAGAAAGGCUUAAAUAAGUUUUUGGUCCCUAACCUUUACCAU